CCCUCUCACACACACACUCUCACACACUCAUUCAACCCUGUGAGCGGCAGAGUGGAGCAGAGCAGAAUGGGAAGUGCUUUAACACAGAGGGAAAUACAGGCAGAGAGAGGAACAUAGGACCAGCGUGGGGCUCCUACUACACACACACCCUUAACAUCACACAUUCCUGUUCUCUUACACACCCACGCGUGAGCUCGCGUGAAAUCCGGCUGCCAGGCUGGACGGGACGGCGAGGACACCCACCUCACACACUCGCACACAUGCUCACACAACCACGGACACACACACUACUCUGGAGCGUACUAUGGUGGUCCAGGGAGCGGUGACACCCGGGAGAACCCGCCGGCUGAUGCUUAAGCUGCCGGUAGGGACUCUACGGAGGAAUAGUGGAGAGAGGAUGACAGAGGGGAGGCGAUGUCAGGUCCAUCUCCUGGACGACAGGAAGUUGGAGCUCCUUGUGCAGCCCAAGUUGAUGGCUAAGGACUUACUGGACCUGGUGGCCUCUCAUUUCAACCUCAAGGAGAAGGAGUACUUUGGAAUCGCAUAUACAGAUGAAACGGGCCAUUUCAGCUGGCUGCAGCUGGACCGCAGGGUCUUAGAACACGAGUUCCCCAAGAAAUCCGGUCCCAUUGUCCUCUACUUCUGUGUCAGGUUCUACAUAGAGAGCAUAUCCUACCUGAAGGACAAUGCCACCAUUGAGCUGUUUUUUCUUAAUGCCAAGUCUAUCAUCUACAAGGAGCUUAUUGAAGUGGACAGUGAUGUUGUCUUCGAAUUGGCUUCCUAUAUUCUACAAGAGGCUAAAGGAGAUUUCACCAGUAAUGAUGCAACCAGGUCUGACCUGAAAAAACUGCCUGCUCUGCCUACCCAGGCCCUAAAGGAGCACCCAUCCCUGGCCUACUGUGAAGACCGGGUCAUAGAGCAUUACAAGAAGCUCAGUGGGCAGUCCAGAGGGCAAGCUAUUGUAAAUUAUAUGAGCAUUGUGGAGUCUCUGCCCACAUAUGGAGUACAUUAUUAUGCUGUAAAGGACAAGCAGGGGAUUCCUUGGUGGCUUGGUCUGAGCUAUAAAGGUAUCUUCCAGUAUGACCACCAGGACAAAGUCAAGCCCAGGAAGGUGUUCCAAUGGCGUCAGCUGGAGAACCUCUACUUCAGAGAGAAGAAGUUUUCAGUGGAAGUUCAUGACCCCAGGAGUAGGGCGUCUGUGACAAGAAGGACGUUUGGUCACAGCGGCAUUGCUGUGCAUACCUGGUACGCCUGUCCUGCCCUCAUCAAGUCCAUCUGGGCCAUGGCCAUCAGCCAACACCAGUUCUACCUGGACCGCAAGCAGAGCAAGUCGAAGAUCCAUGCAGCACGGAGUUUGAGUGAGAUUGCAAUAGACCUUACAGAAACAGGAACACUGAAGACCUCCAAACUGGCCAACAUGGGCAGCAAGGGCAAGAUUAUCAGUGGCAGCAGUGGUAGUCUGCUCUCCUCAGGCUCUCAGGAAUCAGACAGCUCCCAGACAGCAAAGAAGGACAUGCUGGCAGCACUGAGGGCCAGGCAGGAAGCUCUGGAAGAAACACUAAGACAGAGACUAGAGGAACUCAAGAGCAUCUGCAUCAGAGAAGCGGAGCUGACAGGAAAACUUCCCAAGGAAUAUCCACUUGAUCCAGGAGAGGAACCACCCACAGUGAGAAGGAAAAUUGGUACCGCAUUUAAACUGGACGAGCAGAAAAUUCUUCCAAAGGGAGAGGAAGAGGAGCUGGAGCGUUUGGAGAGGGAGUUUGCCAUUCAGUCCCAGAUUACGGAAGCGGCCAGGCGUCUUGCCAGCGAUCCUCAUGUGAGCAGUAAGAAGCUGAAGAAACAGAGGAAGACUUCUUAUCUGAACGCACUGAAGAAGCUCCAGGAAAUUGAAAACUCUAUCAAUGAGUACCGGGUCCGAUCUGGCAAGAAGCCUACGCAGAGGGCGUCGCUUAUCAUUGAAGAGGCCAAUAUUGGCUCUGAAGACAGUUCACUGUCUGACGCACUGGUCUUAGAUGAUGAUGAUCCUCAAGUUACAGGUACUCCCACCUUUUCCCCAGUGGGGUCACCUCACAAGGGCCUCCCUCCUCGGCCACCAUCUCACAGUCGGCCUCCUCCACCGCAGUCCCUGGAUGGCCUGAGACACCUGCACUACACACGCUCUGACUAUGAUAAGUCACCCAUUAAACCCAAAAUGUGGAGCGAAUCAUCACUGGAUGAGCCCUAUGAAAAAGUCAAGAAACGCUCCUCUCACUCCAGUCACAGGCGUUUCCCAAGCUCCGGCAGUGCUGAAGCAGGGGGGAGUAACUCUCUGCAGAACAGCCCCAUCAGGAGCCUUCCUCACUGGAGUUCUCAGUCCAGCAUGCCGUCAACCCCAGACCUGAGGACAAGGACCCCACAUUACGUACAUUCCACGAGGUCAGUGGACAUCAGUCCCACACGUCUGCACAGUCUCGCUCAGCACUUUAGGAACCGUAGUUCUAGCCUUGAGUCUCAGGGCAAACUGUUGGUGUCGGAAGCCGACACACACCCACACACCCUGGGCACACUGGGCAGCCCUGACUUCUUCUUAGGCCCAGGACGUAGCUCCAAUGGCUCUGACCCAUUGGAUGACUGCUCAUCCUGCACCAGCCAGAGCAGCUCAGAGCAUUACUACCCCUCUGGCGGACCCCUGGCCCCUGGCAGCAAUCCCAACUACUCUACCCUGGGAGAGGACUCACCUUCCAAAGCGAGGCAGAGGCAGAGGCAAAGGCACAGGUCUGCAGGUCAUCUGGGGUCCUCUAACUCUGGCUCAAUGCCAAAUCUGGCAGCUAAGAAUGGCUCUGGUGGAGGCUCUGGUGGAGGUGGGAUAGGAGGAGGACACCAUGGAGUCUACCUCCACAGCCAGAGCCAACCCUCCUCCCAGUACCGCAUCAAAGAGUACCCAUUGUACGUGGAGGGCAGCCCCAACCCGGUGGUGGUGCGAAGCUUGGAGAGCGAUCAGGAGGGCCACUACAGUGUGAAGGCCCAAUUCAAGACCUCUAGCUCCUACACGGCCGGGGGACUGUACAAGGAGGCCUGGGGAGGAGAGGAAGGAGGAGAAGGGAGUGGUCGACUCACGCCGUCCCGCUCCCAGAUCGUACGGACUCCGUCAUUGGGGCGAGAGGGAGGUGGAGGAGGGGGGAGGGCAGCUGUGUCUGAAGAGUUGAGAUGCUGGUACCAGAGGUCGUCAGGGAGCCUGAAGGAAAGAAGUCACUCAGGAUCGACUUCCUCUGAGACAGGGUCACAGCAAGGCACUCUGGGACAUGGUCGGGGGAGUCGGGUAGGAACACUCGCCAAGGGCUCACCAGCUGCAUCCCCUCACAGCCAGAGGAGUAUGACGCCCUCCAGUGAACACGCAGCCACACCCACACCCCCCUGUAGCCCACAGCACAUCCUCAACUGGCAGAGCGGAGGCACAGCAGACAGCUCUCCUACUGAGGACGUCUGUCAGUCUCCCCCUCAGCCCGGCUCUGAUGCAUAGAGGUCUUUCAGUGACAGCUGUUUUCUCAGCAGCCCCUUGUGUUCAGAGCUGGCAGAUGUGCAGUGGUACGGACACGACAAGGCCAAACCUGGAACCCUGGUCUAAGACCUUCCUAUAGGGCCCAGAAAAGUCCCAUUGCCCUUUCCACUGUCCCUCACUACUACCCAUUGACAACCAACAACCUCAUCCAUAAGGCCCUACAAAAACCCUGCCCUGACUGGACAUGAGCCUCCCUCCUCCUGAGUCCUGCCCUCUAUCCAUCCCACCACAUCUUUAUUGCGCUCCUUCUAUCACAGUUCAGCUGGACAGGGACACACUCGCUGGGCUCUGAUAAGGGCUGUUUUCACAGGACGGACUGAGAGGUGCCACCUCAGCUGUUGAACUGUUGCCCUGCAGCACCACAGAGCCCCUUCUUUACUCACCCUCAGCACACAAGCAACUGGGCAUGGUGGAGAAGGUGACGGGGAGAGAGAGCACAGAAAUAUAUUAAACAUACAACUCAAACUCAACCAUCCCAAAGGCGGCCAUUCCAAGACCUGUUUCAAAUCUCACCUUUGGUCCCCAACCUUAUUAUAUCCAGUGCAUUGCACCCAAUCAGAGGAUACCUGCUGGAUUUGAGCCACCAGUUUAAAAAACAAUUUCCAUGUCCAACUAAACUGUGUUGGAUUUCAUUACUCCCAUCUUGUUGUCUGUUUAUUUCUCCCUGCAUAUUUAUAAAAAGAAAGAGAAAAUGGCACAGACUUUUCAAAAAAUCUGGAUCAACAAAUACUUAGAUGACAAAUUCCUCAUCUCAGUUUAACCCACAACCAAAGACAACUACUGGAUUGACUGGUCGCACCAGGUUCCCCAGGCUGGUGUCCCUGUCAGUCAACUGUAUACGAGGGAAAUCACAGGGACAAUAUCAGGAUGGGACACUAUCUGGGAUAUCGGCGAGGACUAUAGCAAUAACAAACAUUGUAAAAGCAUAUGAACUGGUUUGAAUCUCCAGAGUGAAUAGAAGUAGACAUUUUUCCAUGUUCUCUGCCUUGUGAUGCUUGGAGUAAAGGAUCAUUAGUGCGUCACAGGAACAAUUUAGAGUUGUGGUUAGUGGGUUUGGCACUAAGCUUACUUCAGUGACUUCAUCAUUCAUGUUAAUUUAACGUCUUUAGUCUUUACAGAAUUUCUUUAUCCACAACAGUUUCUGGUGGCCACAUUGUGGAUUGUGAGGCAUAGCCUGCCUGAGCAGGUGUAGGGGGGCUCGGGGUGAACGUUAACAUGGCCACAUUCAGUCACAAUUACUGCAAAAUUUCAUUUUGGCUGUAAUUAUGAUAUUGGAACAAGAAGCUCAGCUUUUACCACUUCGCUUUUUUUCACCUGAAAGUAAAACAUGAUUUGCUGUUGGCGUCAAUUAUAGUUCGACAUUGAAACCAUUCAGGCUAUAGUAAAUUGUCUUUUCUUUCAGGAAUAUUCCUCCUGCUUUGUUCGCACCUCUGUAAUAGUUCUCCCCAUGCUGAGUAACUAUCAGUCCCUUUUAACUGUCUGAUUUCUUGUCUCGCUGUCCAUCUGUCUAGUAUUUCAGGAGUAUUCAGACUGAACACUUUACUCAGUGUUGGCCAGACCACACACAGACACA